AUGAAUAGAAUUUUCAGCCCAUUUCUAGAUAAGUUUGUCGUGGUGUUCAUCGAUGAUAUAUUAAUUUAUUCAAGGACUGAGGAAGAACAUGGAAAGCAUUUGCAUCAAGUUCUUGAAGUUUUACACGAGAAAAAAUUGUAUGCCAAUCUAUCGACGUGCAAGUUUUGGCUAGAAAACGUGAACUUCUUAGGACAUGUGAUAACCAAGAAAGGUAUCGUUGUGGAUCCGGCGAAGAUUGAGACAGUCCUUACUUGGAAACAGCCUCAGACUAUCACUUGCAUACGAAGUUUCUUCGGACUGGCAGGAUAUUAUAAGAGGUUUAUUGAAGUAUUGGUCUUACCAAAACCAAAAGAACCAUAUGAAGUUUACUGUGAUGCGUCUCACCAAGGUUUGGAAUGUGUCUUGAUGCAACACAAGAAAGUUGUAGCUUCGCCUCAAGACAAUUGA